CUAACUCUCCCUUCUUAAUCUUAUCAAUAGAAUCCAAACAGGGCAAAAGCGAGAACCCACUCGGCCAUUACAACCACACACGGCCUCACAGUUUGGUCCUUCGUUGAUUCUCUAUCUCUCACUCUCAUUCACUUCCAUUUUAUCCAGAAUCACAGACAUUCAUAUAUUUAUAUAUAUGUAUGAUGAGAAGUCAGUGAAGAUAUUAAUUGGGAGGAACUGAAUAUUGAGGAAGAGAUGGGGACGGGGACGUCGAAGGAUACGAACGGCGGUUCGCACGGCGGCGAUGAGAGAGAGGAGGAAAAUCUCGACCAAGGCGGUGGGCAGCUUUACGUCUCGCUGAAGAUGGAGAACUACAAGCUCAAAGGCGAGCUCAUUCCUCACGUCUAUGGCUCCGUUCCCCUCAUCGGUUCUUGGGACUCUUCUAAAGCUCUUUCUAUGGAACGCGAAUCGGCGUCGAUGUGGGAAUUGAGCUUCGUUGUGCCUCCAAAUCACGAAACAUUGGAUUUCAAGUUCCUUUUGAAGCCAAAGUACAACAAUGCACCUUGUGUGGUCGAGGAGGGUCCAAACCGUCAACUUAUUGGGGGAACCUUGCAAGGGGAUGCAAGGCUGGCUCUGUUUAAGCUGAGCGGUGAUGAUGUUCACGAGUAUCGGGUGUUCAUUAUAGCAGACAGGGUAUCACCAUUUGAUCUUGCAGCUAGUUGGAGGGCUUAUCAAGAGAACCUCAGGCCCUCGGCUGUUCGGGGAAUUCCUGACGUUAGUAUAGAUUCAGUGCCAGAGAAGAGCGCUGAGAAUGGUUCUUCAGCUAGUUUGGAGCUCGAUCUUGAACAUUAUGUUGUCCCAGCUCCAUCAACUUGUGCCAAUUCAGGUCUAGUUUAUGCAGCUAACAUGACUGAGACUCCAAGAUCAUUAACCCUUUCUGGCGUGUUUUCUAAAGCUGAUGGGCAUAGCAGUGCUUCUCACUCCUUUAAGGAUGGCGGUGGUGUGUCUGUGGAUCGACCUGCAACAAUUAAGGAAAUGGAGGUUGUUGUUCCAGAUCCAUCUAAGGUGUAUUCAUCUUCUGGGAUGGUUGAGUCAAAGUCAGUGGGAACGCUUUCACCCUUGCAAAAGCAAGAUAGUCAUAGGGGACUUUUUGUGGAUAGAGGUGUUGGUUCUCCUAGACUAGUUAAAUCGUCUAGUACUAGUACCUUCUCUUCUGAUCUCAAAUUGGACACAGAAACCAAGAAUUCAAUGCCAGCAGCUGCUGGAGCUGUUGCAGCAGCAGCCAUAGCUGAUCAAAUGCUUGGACCAAAGGAGGAUAGACACUUGGCAAUUGUUCUGGUUGGUUUGCCAGCUCGUGGAAAAACUUUUACUGCAGCUAAACUUACUAGAUAUUUACGCUGGCUGGGUCAUGGUACCAAACACUUCAAUGUUGGGAAGUAUCGCCGUCUAAAGCAUGGAGCUAAUCAGUCUGCUGACUUUUUCCGGGCUGACAACCCUGAAGGCAUCGAGGCCCGCAAUGAGGUAGCAGCCCUGGCGUUUGAUGAUAUGGUUUCCUGGAUGCAAGAACGUGGCCAGGUUGGAAUCUUUGAUGCCACCAACAGUACCAGGAAAAGAAGAAAUAUGUUGAUGAAAAUGGCUGAAGGAAAAUGCAAGAUUAUUUUUCUGGAAACAAUAUGCAAUGAUGAACGCAUCAUUGAAAGAAAUAUACGUCUUAAAAUUCAACAGAGUCCUGACUAUGCAGAAGAACCAGAUUUUGAGGCUGGAUUGAGAGACUUUAAAACUCGACUAGCCAAUUAUGAAAAAGUUUAUGAGCCAGUUGAAGAAGGAUCUUACAUCAAAAUGAUUGAUAUGGUCAGUGGACAUGGUGGACAAAUACAAGUAAACAACAUAAGCGGCUACCUUCCUGGACGAAUUGUUUUCUUCCUGGUGAAUACACAUCUCACACCGCGCCCAAUAUUACUUACUAGGCAUGGAGAGAGUAAGGAUAAUGUUAGAGGAAGAAUUGGGGGUGACACUGCUUUAAGUGAUGCUGGAGAACUUUAUGCAAAGAAGCUUUCCAAUUUUGUCGAAAAGAGGCUGAAAUCGGAGCGGGCUGCUUCUGUUUCUGGUAAGCACCAGCUGGAAAUAGAAAGAUUCAACAGAAAAUGCGAGAAAUCUAGAGAAAGAUAG